AUGUCCAGAGGAAUGGAGGCAGUCAAAUCUAAAACUCUUAUUCUACCACCGUCUGUUGUCACAAGCUCGCCUGGAAACUGCAGCUCCACUGGAGAAAUCAGCGGAGAAGAUUCCGUUGAAGACAUUGAUUCCGACUUAACAUGCAACUGCAAAUGCGGAAUAGCCAAAACGAGAGCGAGGAUUGUUGGAGGCCAGGAAACGAGAGUCAACCAAUAUCCGUGGAUGGCUCUGCUUUCUUACAAUGGCGAGUUUCUCUGCGGUGGAACUUUAAUCAAUAACAAGUACAUUCUUACUGCUGCCCAUUGCCUUACAAGCAUAAAUAUGACUGGACUAAAAAUCACGUUACUGGAGCACGAUCGAAGUUCGUCCCUUGAAGCCAAAACCAUAGAUCGCAGUGUCACUAAAAUUAUCGCCUACAACAAAAACCUGGGCAUUGAUGGCAAUGACAUUGCUCUGCUGAAGAUGGACAAGGAGGUGCCAUUAAAGGGUGACCUUUUGCCCGCCUGCAUGCCCACGCCAGGAAAGACGUUCACAAAUGAGGACGCGUUGGUCAUUGGAUGGGGAAGAAUUGGAGAGAAUAAGCCACUCUCAGCCGUUCUAAUGGAAGUCGCUGUGCCAAUUAUGUCCAACUUGAAAUGCCAGUCUUAUUACGGUGCAAGCCGAAUCACAGACAACACGCUCUGUGCGGGAGUUGAAGAGGGAGGACGAGACUCUUGCGAGGGAGACAGUGGCGGUCCUCUCAUGGUGAAGAAUAAAGCACAAUACCAAAUUGUUGGAGUUGUGUCUUGGGGCGAAGGUUGUGCUAGACCAAAAAAACCUGGGGUGUACGCUCGAGUGAACAGAUACCUCACAUGGAUAAAAAGCAACACAGCCGAUUCUUGUUAUUGCAAACUGUAAAGGCUCCACAAAUUCUCACCCCAAUUAUCCUGCGCCUGUUUUCUUUUGGCGAUUGG